AUGAUCUGACAUGUCUGUCUCGACGAAAAUUUACCUAUCGCCAGCCACAUAAUGUUGUAAUUAGGCGCUCUUGCCAAACAGAGGAGAGGUUUGAAAAGGACAUUAACACACACAUUAACACACAUAGUUCAGGGCUUCUCGGGUCCGUUCGAGAAAAACACAUUCAUUUUAAAUAACCCGAGACCCAAUUAUUGUACCCGACCUGUGUCCGAGGCACGCGUGAAACAUUUAAAUCCGAAUUUGAUCGGGUCUCGGUCGGAUCUUGGGUUUUCGGACACCCGUGAACCUGAAGACCUCUUCUUCACAUAAGCCCAAACAUGGCGCGAUGCGGGGGUAGACGAUUCUGCAUCGAUGCAGUAAUAACCCAUAAUCGAUUAUAGCCUGCUGACGUCAUUCGUCACGUGCAGGUAUGUGGCGGUAGAAAAAUGGCGGAGGGUGGUGAGACACGCGUGAUAAAAAAUGCACCGGGUAUUUUAAAAGCCGAUGUCUGGGAUCAUUUCGGCUUCUAUGAACAUGCUGGUAAGCACGAACUGGACAAGACACAUGCUGUGUGUAAAGCAUGUCGUGCACAAAUAAAGUAUUUAGGCAAUACAACUAAUUUAAGAAACCACGUUAACCGUUUUCACCCGGAGCUGCUAAAGGAUGCAAGUGGCAAGGCUGCCAGCGCAAAGACAGACCCAACUCAGCAGAAAAUUGAUCAAGCAUUAUCAACUUUGCCGUUGAACUCUGAGAAAGUGAAGAGAAUAAACAGAUCUGUGGCAUCUUUCAUUGCAAAGGAUUUACGGCCCUAUUCUGUAGUGGAAAACAUCGGGUUUCGCCACCUGAUAAAGACGCUGGAGCCGCGCUAUAAGCUUCCGUCACGCAGCCACUUUGCAGAAACAGUCAUACCCGAACUGUACAAUGAAGCCAAAGUUCAGGUAAUGUCAUCAAUGAGCCAAGCUAUUCGUGUAGCAAUAACGUGUGAUUCCUGGACUUCGGUAGCGACCGAGUCUUACGUAACAAUAACGUCGCAUUACAUUAGCCAGGACUGGAACAUUUUAUCACAUGUGCUGCAAACUAGAGCUGUUUACGAGUCUCACACGGGUGCUCAUCUGGCUGAGCUUCUUUCUCAGGUUGUGGCAGAAUGGCAGCUAUCGGAUAAAGAUGUAGUACUUGUGACAGACAAUGCGUCAAAUAUGAUCGUUGCAGCGCAAGUCGGAAAAUUCUCGCAUGUCAAAUGCUUCGCCCAUACGCUAAAUCUCGCGUGCCAGCGGGCGCUUAAAGGGGCCACGCUCUCCAGGCUUCUGGGCAGAGUAAGACGAAUAUCAUCAUUCUUCCACCGUAGCACCACAGCGAGCCACUCCCUGAAAGUGAAACAGCAAUGUUUGGGACUUAGCAAUCAUAAGCUGAUUACUGAUGUUGCAACAAGGUGGAACAGUGCAUUUGAUAUGCUCGAUAGGUUCUUGGAACAACAACCAGCAAUCUGUGCCACCUUGCUCUCUCCAGAAGUCAGAAAAGGGGAGUCAGACCUGUUCACUCUGACAGACACAGAUGUGACAAAUGCAGAGGAUGCUGUGAAUGCAUUAAAGCCAAUGAAGGAUGCGACCACACUGAUGUCAGAAGAGAAAAAUCCAACAGUGUCUCUCAUUGCUCCUCUAAAUGCACAACUCAUCCAGAAUAUGGCAGACACCACUGGAGACUCACCUUUGGUCCGUGAGAUCAAAAAUGCAAUUAAAACAGAUCUUAUGAAGAGGUACAACAGUGAGGCAGAGAAGAAGGUUCUUUAUACAGCCUCUGCUCUAGAUCCCCGGUUUAAGGGAAUGCCUUUUCUCACCGAGCAGGAAAAACUGGAGAUAUACAGAGGAGUGAUUGUGGAGGCUGCAUCUUUGGAGAAUGAGUGUACAACUAGCAGAACAGAAGUGUUUGAUGCGCCUGGAAGAACAGGAACCCUGGAAGAAGAAACACGCAUGGGGGACUGCCCCUCUGGUCCCAAACGAAAGGCCUCGUCGCUGCUUGUGAGUUUGCUGGGACAGUCUUUCACUGACACUGAAGGUACAGUUGAACCCAAGACUCAUUAUGCCAGGGCUGAAGAAGAAAUGGAGGCAUACUGUAAAGCUCCAUCUCUGCCUCUCACUGAGGACCCUUUAAGCUGGUGGCGUGUCCAUGAGGUCACAUUUCCUCUCCUUUCUCGGCUCUCUAAGCGGUACUUGUGUAUCCCAGGCACAAGCGUAUCUGCAGAGCGUGUUUUCUCCACUGCAGGAGAUGUGGUCACGGCUAAAAGAAGCACACUCAAACCAGAGCAUGUAGAUCAAUUAGUGUUCUUGCAGAAAAACCUACAAAUUCCUAAAUGCUAAGCACUGUUUCAAGUUUUUUGAUGUUUGGCACAUUCAGGAAGUGCACUGUGUUAUUAUUUUACAUUUUAUGUAUUUUACAGUAUUAUGUGUGCAGAGUGUUUUGUUUUUGUUUAUUUUGGUUUAUACUUUAAAUUAAUGUUUAUACAUUUGUCAACAUUUAAAUAUUUUAUGAAGAAGUACACUGCACUUUACUGUUUAUAAGUACUUAAAAACACUAAUUGACAGUUUUAUGCACUUUUAGUUUUUCCUAAUGUUUUAGGUUUAAAUGCUGCUGUUGUCUGCUGUUUACAGAACAAGUUUGUCUUGUUUCCUAUUAAGCAGUAUAAUUUAGUAUACUUCUUGAAGAAAACUAAAUAAAAAGGAGUUCACAUACUGUAUCUGACUUCUUACAUUCAUCAAUAUAAAUGUAGCAAUGUGGAGUAGUAAAAAAGGAUGCAAUGCAUCGUGAUGCAUCAUGAUGCAUCGUAACAUCGAAUUGAAUCGAAUCGUUAACUUAAUAAUCGGAAUCUAAUCGAAUCGAGGAACCAGUGAAGAUUCACACCUCUAGUAUGGACCCAAAAAACCUAAAUGCAAACAUUCAGAGAGAACACUAUCAGAUUCCGACUCGGGAAGAAAUUAUCAGUGAAAUGGGAGGUGCAAAGUUUUUUACAAAGCUGGAUGCAUCUCAGGGCUUUUGGCAGGUAAAAUUACAUGAAGAUAGCACACCCUACUGCACAUUUAACACGCCCUUUGGCAGAUACUCCUUCUUGAGGAUGCCCUUUGGGAUUUCUUCAGCACCUGAAGUGUUUCACAAAGCCAUGGAGCACAUAAUUGAAGGCAUACAAGGAGUUUGUGUUUAUGUGGAUGAUGUCAUAUUGUGGGGAUCCACAAUUGAACAGCACAAUGAGAGGCUCACAGAAGUUUUGCAGCGAGUACAGAAAUAUGGACUGAGACUGAAUAAACAAAAAUGUCAGUUUGGAGUAAAUGAAGUCACAUUUCUAGGAGACAAGCUGUCAGAAGGUGGCGUACAACCUGACAAAAGUAAUAUAGAAACAAUACUCAAUAUGCCCAGACCUACAGACAAAAAGGCAGUAUUAAGAGUGAUGGGAAUGAUUAACUUUAUCGGGAAGUUUAUACCAAACCUGUCUUCAAACACAGUGUACAUGAGAGAACUGUUACAUGACAAGUGUGAGUUCAAGUGGACGAACAAACAUGAACAAGAGUGGGGAUGUCUGAAGACACUCUUGACAACAAAGCCGGUGCUGACAUUCUUUGAACCAUCUAAGAGGACAAAGAUUUCAACAGACGCAUCUAAGGAUGGCCUGGGAGCAGUGCUGCUCCAGGAAGAAGGAAAAC